AUGAAUCAUGUAGAUGAUGAUACCAAAGAAACUGUUGCGUUCAGAGCCGUAAGCAGAGACGAGGAGGGGCGAAAGCAUGCGGAGAAAGCGGAAGUAGACAGUCACAACGUGGACAUGCUUGAGUACAUAGAAAAGAAACUGAUUGACAAGGGCGUCCAGAGACAAGACUGUCGUCCUAUUGAUGGGAUUCUGUUAGGCCGUCAGCAUAAGUCCGGUCACGGGGGAAAGCAUACUUGGGAGGGUCCCAGGGACACGGCGGAGAAUGAACUGGGUGCAGCUCCUCCUGCCAUAGAUGAAAACGAUCCAAACUAUGUGGAUGAAGAGGCGGAGGACAGGAUACUUUGGGGGGAGGUUAGUGGGGUCGCCGGGUUGGUGGUCGGAGAGUUAGAGCUCCCUAAACUUGCUGAAGAAAGUGUGGCUAGGAUUGAUGUUGAUCCUCAAUCGCUGACCAAUAUAUAA